AAAGCACCGCACAUGGAUACGCCACGCCAUGUGCAUCAUUUCGACACCUAUGGACUCGUGCAACGACUGAAUGAGUCUGGCUGGACCGACGAGCAAGCCAUCACAGUCAUGAAGGGCAUGCGUCUUAUGCUCAGCAACAACAUGAACCUCGCACGGGAAGCCCUGGUCAGCAAGUCGCAAGUUGAAAACGAGACAUAUCUCUUCCGCGCCGCCUGCGCCGAACUCAAAACCGAAAUCACCGGCCGCAGGCGAGCCGAACAAGAAAAGAUGCGAACCGAGCGUACCCAGCUGCAGCAUGAAGUGGACAUUCUCAACCAGAAACUCAACCAGGAGUCCGCAGCGAUGAAGGAUGAAAUGAGGGGCAUGUUCGACGACCGCAAGAUGGCAGUCCGUAACGAACAGCGUAUUACUGAGUCGAAAGUUCAACGCCUGAAUUAUCAAAUUACGGUAGAUCUGCAGGCUGAUGCGAAGUCGGAGGUUGAGGGUCUGAGAUGGGUCAUGACGCGGAGAGUGAUAAUAGCGCUGGGCACGGUGAUUGUCAUGGUCUUGGGAUCGCUCAAGCUUUAUAGUAACGCGGUGCAUGAACAAGAACUUGACAGGAAACGCAAGCUAAACAUGAGAUCAGGUUCUACGCAAACGGAAGGAAGAGGCUCCGGUGGUGAUGGCGGUGGCUUUCGCAAUGACCAGGGAAUGAGAGGAAAUGAUAUUCUUGUCAAGGAGGGUGACAAUCCGGCGUACAUAUCGCUUGGCUGA